UGCCGUUGUGCUACUUUGGUAACCUGACGGCAGAAUAUUUGGACAGGAAGCUCUGCGGGUUGUGCCGAGGGGGGUGAGGAGGCCCAGGCUCAGCUGGCUCCUCUCUCAAAGACCAUUUACUUACACUGACUGACCACAGAGACAUACCAGUGGGGGGAGAGCAUGUUAGGUGUUCUCCUUAAGGCCCCCCCUCACCCCCACCCUUGCCUGGAAAUGGACACUGCUGGUAUAUUUAUAACCCUUAAGCACAAGCGAGCUCUGUAUCUUAAACACAGUAAGAAGCUAGAGCUCGAAUGUACCGAGGUACGCUGGGAUUUGCUAGAUUCUUCCGGACUGUUGUAUGUAACGUGCCUGAAGGCGCUCAUCAGACAAAAACAUCAUUCUGACCAACCAGAAACUGAGACACCCAGAGGAGAGAUGGAAAAGCCGGUCUUGCAGACACAAGCGUCCACCCUGCCUUUCUUUGACACGGCCCAUGCCUUCAACCUGCUGCGGGGGAUCCAUGAACUCCGCGCAGAGCGUAAGUUUUUCGAUGUGACUUUGUGUGCCGAGGGCCGCGAGUUCCACUGUCACCGCACAGUGUUGGCCGCUGCCAGCACAUACUUCCGGGCCAUGUUCGCAGGAACUUUGAGGGAGAGCGUUAUGGACCGAGUAGUUCUACACGAAGUGUCAGCCGAGCUUUUGGGCCUGCUGGUGGACUUCUGCUACACCGGGCGGGUCACCGUCACCCAGGAGAAUGUGGACGUCCUGCUCAAGACGGCAGAUCUCUUUCAGUUCCCCUCUGUCAAAGAGGCCUGCUGUGCUUUCCUGGAGCAGCGGCUGGACGUUUCCAACUGCCUGGAGAUCCAGGACUUUGCCGAGGCCUACGCUUGCCGCGAGCUGGCGACCAGUGCUCGCCGCUUUAUCCUAAAAAACAUAAUGGAGCUGGCCAAAGCGAAGGACUUUGAGCGGUUGCCGUGGAAGCGCCUCUUUGAGUUUGUGUCAGAUGACGAGCUCUGCGUGGACAAAGAGGAGGCAGUUUAUCAGAUCGCCGUGCACUGGGUGAAGGCUGACCUCAAGCGAAGGCUUCACUACUGGCCCGAGCUCCUACAGCAGGUCCGACUCCCCUUCGUCCGGAGGUUCUUUCUGUUGGCCCACGUGGAGAGCGACCCGCUGGUCUACCUGUCGCCCACCUGCCUCCGCAUGGUGAACGAGGCCCGUAGCUUCCAGUCCUGCGAGUACGACCGCCACGACAGGCCCUGCCACCGAAUGCGGCCGCGGCCGUCCACGGGACUGGCCGAGAUCCUGGUGGUGGUAGGAGGCUGCGACCAGGACUGCGAUGAGCUGGUCACAGUGGACUGUUACAACCCCCAGACCGGACAGUGGCGCUACCUGGCCGAGUUCCCCGACCACCUCGGAGGGGGCUACAGCAUCGCUGCCCUCGGAAACGAUAUGUAUGUCACAGGUGGCUCCGAUGGCUCUCGCCUCUACGACGGCGUGUGGCGCUACAAGUCCAGCGUUAACGAGUGGACAGAGGCAGCGCCCAUGCUGAAGGCCCGCGAGUACCACAGCUCUAGUGUGCUGAAAGGUCAGCUCUAUGUGGUGGCGUCGGACAGCACGGAGCGCUACGAUCAGGCUCAGGACUGCUGGGAGGCCUUACCGCCCAUGCUGCACGCCAUGGACAACUGCUCGGUCACCACGUGCGGCGGACGCCUGUAUGCCAUAGGCUCCCUGACCGGGGAGGACACCAUGGCCAUCCAGAGCUACGAUGCCGACUCCAACCACUGGUCCAUGGUCAGCUGUGGAGAGCUGCCGCCGUGGUCCUUCACACCCAAAACUGUGACCCUCCAAAGCCUCAUCUACUUCAUCAGGGAUGACUCCGCCGAGGUGGAUGUUUAUAAUCCCCAAAAGAACGAGUGGGACAAAAUUAGUCCGAUGACCCAGGUCCACGUUGGAGGCAGUGUGGCAGCCCUGGGCGGUAAAUUAUAUGUAUCUGGUGGGUAUGACAACACGUUUGAGCUGUCGGAUGUGGUGGAGGCGUACGACCCCACCACCCGCUCGUGGACUCUUGCUGGACGCCUGCCCCAGCCCACGUUCUGGCACGGCAGCGUCAGCAUAUUCCGCCAGUUCAUGCCGCAGGUGUCCAGCGCGUUCGAACCUACCGACAUACCCGAGUCAAACGGCAUCCACCUGCACCGGCACCAGCGCUCACAAGCGCUGCACAAUCUCAACAACAACCUCAUCCCAAACCAGAACCAGGACGUGAACCCAGCACACUGAGUUUGGACCCAGAAACCCACGUUAACGCUUUCAGUGUGUUCUCCCUCAUUGUGGCAGUCUUGUAACUGGCUGAAUUACAGAAAGACCUGGUGUUUAGUAGCCCCGUUUGGUCUGCCUUCAAAAUAAAGGUGGGGAGUUUAACCAGGCCAAACAGUUAGUGUUCAUUAACACUAGAUCAGUUGGUCCGGCGAUUCGCCGCAGGAAUGCGAGAUGGUGGGAGCAUCACUUAAAAGGCCCAUUUGUGUGACAUCCUGUUGUGUUCUUUUAACCCACCAAUGUAGCACGGGUAGACUUUAUAUUUCACAAUGUUUGUUUUCCACCAGAUUGCUUAUAAAUUUUGACAUUGCCGACCGUACAUGAAGGCAGCUUAUUUCACGGAGAAAGAGAGGGAGAAAAGAGACGGAGCCACUGUGCUUUGUGCUGGAAACAGUCAGCUGUUACACAAACUCCCGGGCACUUAAAGUGCUUGUGUUUAGUUUUUAACCUUCAUGGGAUUUUUCCCUGGGUUUUUAAAGUGCCAAUGACGGCAUGUGCUCUUGUGCAUAUAGGUGACAUCAUCGCGCAAUCAUUUGCAUAAAGCUUAGUGGUUGUCGGUUGCAGCAAAUGAUACACCACUAAUUACAUUUAAACUUAACAGUGGCCAUUUUGAGACAGUCUCUACUGGAAGGCAUUCAUGGUGUUGAACUUGUCCUGACCUGAAAAGCAACCGAAAUAGUUGAUGUGUGAAGAAUAACAAAAUAGGGCGAGAGAGAAAGGACAGAUCUGGCUCUUUUCUCACCUCCACCAAUCUUAACAAUCACGGCCUGAGAGUGAGUGUCAGAUCGUCGGCUACAGAAAUUCUGGGAAGCAUACUGGCAGCCUCAUCCUAAAGGUCUUUAAUUUCCUGUAACACCAAAAUAUACUAAAAAUCAAUGAAGCACAAAGGUCACCUUUGUGUUGUUUGUGUUAAGUAAAGUGUAAAGUAGUACUAAGCCUUUUGAGGCUCCAGAAGGAGCUGUGCAAAAUUUGAGUCUGCGUCUGUUGGGGCUGAAGACUACAACUUAAAUAAUGAAGGAAAAAACAACUGUGUGGAGGUCACCUGACCUCUGCAGCCUGCUCCUCAUCUCUGCUUGAGGCUAGCUGCUUGAGGCUACAUUAGCCGCUACGAGCUUAAUACAUCCAAAUCUCCAAUAGAAAUUACCAGCCAAUUUGCGUUGUGGGUAAUGUAGGCGUCUCGUUUUAGCGAGGAGGUAGAAUGUGUGGAAUAAAAAAGACAAUUUCUCUGGUUCUGCUGCAUCGAGUUUGAGCCUUUUGAGUGUCAGAGUGCAAAAUGGGUGGAGUACUCUUUUCACAAUGUGUAGCCCAGAGCAAGAGCCAAAUAUUUGUUGAAUUACAGCAAUAAUCUAUUAACAUUCCAAAAAUGAUGACAAUCACAGUUGAUCUAGCACUAAACAGACAUGGCUUCAUAGGGAGCGUUAAAAUAGCUUGUCCUCGGACGGCAUGCAGAGUAAUCUUCUGUCAUCCUAGUUGGAUUUCAGGAUGGUUGCAUGUGAUGUUACCUUGUAGCGGGUUGCUACUCUACUGCUAGUGAUAUUUAGGCAUCUCCUUGUGUCACUCCUGACCCUUCAACUGGGCUACAGCAGCUUUUAUAACCACCAGUCGAAUGUCCAUGAAGAAUUUCUUUUUUAGGAUUGUAUUUACAGACGUUUUCUAUGUUUAUUUAUGGAUCUAUUUGUGCUGUGCUUGCUUAAGAUGCCUAUCAUGUUGCAACAAGAAAAGUAACAGUUGGUCAUUGUUGGUGAUGGGUGGCCAGUAACUGGAAGUG